UCACCACGGCGCUCCUGGGAAGGCGAAACUAUUAUUUUCCCUCCUCUUUUAAGGACAAACAAUGAAUCGUUUAAACGCGUGAACUCUAACAGCCGCCUCCCUCUCGUGUUUGAACCGGCAAAAGUUGCAAUUAAACUGAGCGAGCGAAGUGUGCGGCCAAAUAGCGCGCAGCGAGAGACCAUGCACUGUCAAGCCGAGCUGAGGCUCUCUUCCCCCGGGCAGCUCAAAGCAGCCAGGCGGCGCUACAAGACUUUCAUGAUUGACGAGAUCCUCUCCAAGGAGACUUGUGAUUACUUUGAGAAACUUUCUCUCUACUCGGUGUGCCCGUCGCUCAUUGUUCGGCCGAAGCCUCUUCAUUCAUGUUCGGGCUCCUCCUCACUGCGCACCUACCCGCUCCUCUCAGUCAUCACACGGCAGCCCCCCAACCUGCCCCACCACCUUCCCCAGUCCUCGUCCACGGGCCGGGUCUCCUCGCACCUGCCUCUGCUGUCCCCGCAGCACCCACGGGUCUCGGAGCCCUCGCCCAGCCAGACGCCCCUCAGCAUCAGUAGUGAGUCGGAAACGGAGCACAGCGCCCCCCGGCUGAAGAAGCCGCGUCGUAGCCGCACCAUCUUCACCGAGCUGCAGCUGAUGGGCCUAGAGAAGAAGUUCCAGAAGCAGAAGUACCUCUCCACGCCUGACAGGUUAGACCUGGCCCAGUCACUUGGUCUCACACAGCUUCAGGUGAAGACAUGGUACCAAAACAGACGUAUGAAGUGGAAGAAAAUGGUGCUGAAAGGAGGUCACGAGGCCCCCACUAAGCCCAAGGGGAGACCCAAGAAGAACUCCAUUCCCACCACAGAGGAAAUUGAGGCCGAGGAGAGAAGACUGAAGCUGGAGGAGGAGGAGAGGAUGAGGAGGGCAGCCGAGGAAGCGGCGCUGGGAGCAGAGGCGUCUCAGUUGGAACCUCAGGAUCUCAGCACAGUCUCGACUGUCACUACAGAAAGCCAUGAUCCAGCCACGGUGAUGGAGAGCUCUGAGCGAGAGCUGCCCCUCCCAGAGACUCAUGCAGUCAGCUAAGCACGAACAAAACAGCCAAAGACUCACGCCAACCUGACUAACAGACAAAUAGUGCCUCAGGAUCACUGUAAAAAGCCUGUCAUGUGUUUAGAGCCAUUUGCCUUUGGGAUUUGACUGGAAACAUAUUCGUGAUAUCCAAACUUUACUUCAUGUAAUCUAUAAUUUUUUUUUUUUUUUUUCCUGUACUGGAUAAUGUACACUGCAAAGAGUUAACAUGCAUAAACACUGUUUGCACUUGUAAUAAUCUGGGCUUUAGUAUCUAUAUUUGAGGAGAUCUCCAGCCAAAGAGAGUGCAAAUCAAACAAAUCGAAGCCGGCCAGUAGCUAGGUCCAGUACAACAGAGUAAUAUGUAUCAAGAUCUUGUGUCACAACAGCAAAAUACCAAAUUUGACACCUCUUGGUGCUAAGAACUGCCUCUCGUAGUGCAUGUGCCAAAAUAUGAAAUAUGAAAAUUUUGCCUUAUUAUAGUGUAUCUAUGUAUAUAAAUCCCUUCUCUGCCAAAAACUAUAUUAUUAAAUGGCUACAGUGCCUUGUUGGUCUCAGAGGAAAGCUUUUAAAAGUGUUGAUAAAAUAACGAUCAAAUGCAAGUAUAUUUUUUACAGUGUCUCACGUAACUUUUCCUAACAAAGUGCCGUUUUUGGAGACAACAAAGUUGCAUUUGUUAAAGAACGGUUCCACGCUCUAUAUUUUAAUUCUUCUGUGCAGCUUCAAGACCUUUAUGUGUUUAUUCAUGUGAUCAGCAACUCAUUGUUCUCAUUUUCAUUUUUGAAAAUGGAUUUUUGAUCUGAAAAAUCGAUAUCUCUGAUAAGCCAUGCACUGUAUUAUACUGUAGAAAUGUGUAUAAAAUAUAAAAUUUAUGGUCUUCAGGAUAUAUAUGUGAAACAUUAUUUUCAAUUGCUGUUUUAAAUUGGAUUAAAAUAGUUUGUAUAUAUAAUGUUACACCUGUCCUUGAUCUUUUUUCUCUCCCUUUUUUUUUUUUUUUUUUUGAAGCGAGUCAGAAUGACUCGAAUGAUGUGAGGCCACUAAGACUCUUUAAGCUGUCAGAGAUUCUCUGAGGGAAUAAAUCAUAGUCUGUGCCAAAGAUACAGGGCAACUGCUGAACAUGUAAAAAUAUUAGAGGUGUUUUCAGCCUGCGGGCUUUGUAUGAGUGCCCCAUAUCAGUAUGUAAGACUUGCAUUUACAUAAAACUGUCUUCAACCUCCUGUCAGUGCUUUUACUUUCCACGUCA